AAAGAAACAGAGCCUGUCUCUGUCCUCCCCUUUGUACUCUCGAGUUGAUUAUCAAUGGAGAUAAAAACGUUCGUACUUGAUUAGAGAGAAAGGCACUUCGUACCAAAAAGCCAUUUCUUCAUUCCUCGUCAUCAGCAGCUGCUUUUGCAAUCAUCAAAAGCACUCCUUCACAGAAAGCCGCUUCUGCUAAUUUCAGCUCUCCGUUUGACUGUUUCUUCAGAGAAAAAAAUACUACAGUUACUUUCAAGGUGGAGAGCAGAACUGAGGGUGAUUGUGUUUGGGACAGAUGGAUCAGAUGAACCAUAGAAAUGGCAACUAUGCUCCUAUCAGGGAUCAAGAGGACCCAAUAUUGGGAAUAUUUGACAAACCGCUUCCUUGCUUUGGUUGUGGAAUUGGAUGGUUUUCUCUUUUGCUUGGAUUUGUAUUUCCAGUGAUGUGGUACUAUGCUGCAUUUCUCUACUUUGGGAAGUAUUAUCAUAGAGACCCAAGGGAGCGAACUGGGCUCCAAGCUUCAGCAAUAGCUGUAAGUUUUAUGCUUCUGUUUGCACACCCUUUUCUUCUCAAGACACCACCAGAUAUGGCUUUGAUAUGUACAACUGCUGUGUUCAUAGUGGUAGCUGUCUUUGUUUUCAAAUCCUUUCUCCCAUAACCUAUGUCGGCGUCAUACAAAAUUCUCUAUGAUGAUGUUUAGCUCAAUCGUCCUUCCUGUAAUCGUAUCAGGCGCAACCCAGGAAAAUGUUGGCAUCAUGGUAUGUCCAGCUACUGAUACCUGAAGCAGUUUGGGCUUCUCUGUAAUAGUGAGCAAGGCAAAAACCGUGUAUAGCUCCCAUAUAGUGGGAAUUCUAUGUACAGAAAAUAUUGUAGAUGAAUAAUGCUACUCUUACCACAUUUUCAUACCACCUUAUGUGGCAGACGAGUUGGACAACCACAUCAAUUAAAAUUAAUGUAACAUUUUCUUUUCUUUUAUGGUUUAUUGACACUUUUUAAUUGAUGUGGAAGUCCACUUCAUUUGCCACAUAAGGUGAUAUGAGAAUGUGGUAUACAAAUGUGGUAAGAGUAACAUUACUCAUUGUAGAUAGGUAGCACAUUUACAAGUA